AUGGCGGGGGCCAAGGCGGCUGCGGGCGGCUCGGCGGCGCCGCUGCUGCCGGCGCAGGCGGGGGAAGCGAGCUCAGGAGGCGCGGGCGGAGGGGCCACGUCAGCGCAGACGCUGGGGAACGUGGUGGUCUCCAUCGUGGGCACCGGCGUGCUUGGCCUCCCCUACGCCUUCCGCGCCGCCGGCUGGGUCGCGGGCUCCCUCGGCGUCGCCGCCGCCGGCUCCGCCACGCUCUACUGCAUGUUGCUACUCGUCAGUACGCUCGCCCGCACUUCCCUCCCUCAUCCUCACCGUUCGUUCUGCUGCGUGCUCUUUUACUCGGCCUGGCGUGCUCUUGGCCAACUUUGCGCUACACAGCCUGCAGUGCAGGUGGACUGCAGGGAUAAACUCGAAGAGGAGGAAACUGAAGAGUGCUGUCAUGGUCACUAUACAUAUGGGGAUUUGGGUGGCAGGUGCUUCGGGACUAUAGGUCGAUGCUUGACAGAAAUCCUCAUCCUUGUUUCGCAGGCUGGUGGUUCCGUAGCAUACCUAAUAUUCAUUGGCCAAAAUCUUCAUUCCACAUUCAGCCAGUUGAUGUCACCAGCUGGCUUCAUCUUUGCCAUCCUCCUGCCUCUGCAGAUAGCACUCUCCUUCAUCCAUUCACUGUCUUCCCUUUCUCCAUUCAGUAUAUUUGCAGAUGUGUGCAAUGUCCUUGCCAUGGCAAUUGUUAUCAAAGAGGAUCUUCAGCUCUUUGACCAUCCCUUUUCAAAUAGAAGUGCUUUUAAUGGACUUUGGGCAGUACCAUUCACCUUUGGUGUUGCAGUGUUCUGUUUCGAAGGAUUCAGCAUGACCCUUGCACUAGAAGCGUCAAUGGCAGAGCGGAGAAAGUUCCGCUGGGUACUUUCUCAAGCAGUUGCCGCCAUUAUAACCGUGUAUGUCUGUUUUGGAGUGUGUGGGUACUUGGCCUAUGGUGAGGCUACCAAAGACAUCAUAACACUUAAUCUUCCAAACAAUUGGUCGUCUGCUGCAGUUAAGGUUGGCCUAUGCAUUGCACUGGCAUUCACUUUCCCAGUCAUGAUGCACCCAAUCCAUGAGAUCGUUGAGACAAGAUUCAGAUCCAACGGAUGCUUUCAGAAGCUUUGCCGCAACGUUGGUGGCGCUGAGUGGAUAGGCUUGCACUCAAGCCGCAUUCUCGUGGUGGCGAUCCUGACUGUGGUGGCAUCCCUCAUCCCUGCCUUUGGGUCCUUCAUCUCAUUUGUCGGGAGCACCAUGUGUGCGCUUCUCUCCUUCGUGCUGCCUGCUCUCUUCCAUCUCAGCAUCGUAGGCUCGUCAAUACCGUUGUGGAGGCGGGUGCUGGACUACGGCAUCCUUCUCUUUGGUCUGGCUUUUGCUGGAUAUGGUCUUGUCACUGCUCUCUCCCCGCACUGA